CCCACAAGAAGCUACCGUUACAAUUUAUUUUUCAAUUGUGCAAUAUUCUUAGCUUAGAUUGUAAUAGGAAACUUAUUAUAUUUCUUUUAACUGAUUAAAUAAAAGUAACUGUAAUGGUGAAUCAACGACCCUAUAUUAAUCAAAAGCUAUAUUAUUUUAUAUAUUUUGGAGUUGGAUUGCGUUGAUUGCGACAUCAUAACGAUCAGUAUUUAAGUUUUAGAAGAUGCAAUCUCUGUUAAUACCACGUUAAAAAUCGUGGGAUUAUUCCCCUUUUAUAGGGAUAUGACGUAAUGGCAAGAGAGGAUUUUCGAGAUUAUUUAUUGUAGUCAUGAGUGUAGCAACGUCAACUUUACUAAUUUUUCGGAACGUUCGAAUUACGGAGUAAACGACCGUUUAAGAUAUGGGACAGUUGGCGUAAUAUCCGUAAAGGAAUUGUAGUAGGCAACUUAGAGGAGUUGAUUCACAGAGGACUGAAACGAAAAAAUAUAGUAAUGUUUUUUUUUCAACAUAAAAAAUACGAACUUUACAAGGAACUGGAAAUUAGAAUGUACGAAAAUGUUACUGCAGCAUUGGCAUGUUUGGUAAACCCGUACGUCAGGAUGUUAGCUCGUCGGAAAGAAAAAUUAGGAGUUCCUACAAAUGAACUUGUCUCCUUAGUAUUAGAAUCCGAUGGGACUCAGGUAGAAGAUGGCGAAUAUUUCAAGACAUUAUCGAAUAAUACCAUUCUACUUCUUUUACGCCAGGGAGAGCGAUGGUGUCCAACUGGUGUCGACAUUAUUCAAGCUGCUAUCACAGCAAUACCAAAAAUAGUUUGUGAAACCAUCCAUGCCCUAGAAUUACAUGAUGAAACACCAUCAUGGAAAAUUAUGGACAAUAAGGGCCGCGUCACUGUGGUCCUGCAUUGGGAUCAGCGCUCAUCUUCAACACAGAUGCAGCCUAAAAUUUCUGAAACUGGGCAAACGUCCAAAUACUCGCCGGCGAAGAAAAAUGACUCAAAUUUAAAUCACCGGUCAUCAUUAAUCAUUCAAACAAGUCUAGAUAAAUUAAAUUAUAAUAAUAAAUCACCAACUUGUUCCGAUAUUAUCGGAUUAGGGACACGGUAUAAUAGCCCACAAAUAACUGUGAUAAACCAUGAUGAUGUGGUGCAACGGAGCUUCGUUAGUCAAAGUAACAGUUCCUAUGGCGCAGUAAAUCAGCAUGGUCACUUAGUUAAGCAGGGUACUGGCUCCUUCGAUAGCACAACUAUUCAUAUCCAUACUGCCGAAUGUUCAAGUCAUAUUCAUCAACCGAUAACACGAAAUGGAAGUCCUAUAAAUAGUAUUGAUAACAGCCAAGGUCCGGAAUGUGACUUUCAUUGUUGUGCAUUACAUGAAGAAGGUAGACGUAUUGCUGUCCAUAAAUCCGUAGCAACAUCACCAAUUCAAGAUCCACAAUUACAUGGUAUACAACAAAUUAUACAAAAUUCUUCACCACAGCCAAUAAGCUCAUUGUCAGAUGGUACGCGUCGACAAGGUAUAACAAAAGGUCAUGUUCGUUUUUGUGAUACAACUACUGGAGAUCAUUUACAAUCACAAAUCUUAACGGAACAUUAUUCACAACAUCACGAGCAGCAUGAAAGUUCCGAGUCUGAAACCGAAAAUACAAUCAUUGAAGAUGAAGUCAUAACAUCUGAAAAAUUUUUAUUAUUAAUUGAUCAACUAACAGUAGAUCAAAAACAUCAUCUUAGUAUUAAAGAUAUAGGUAUUAUUCUCGAACGACUGAAUUCAAAAAUUCUUGAUGUUGAAAAACUUGACCGUGAAAGCGAAAGUGAUGAAUGUUAUAACUGGACUAUCAAAGCUAUUAUCAGAGGUGAUAUGUUACGUGAGCUUGGAGUAAUUUAUAAUGGUAAUUACUAUGCAAUAUCUGAACAUCCUGGAUACAAAGAAGAAUCUGAAGAUAAUAACGAUGAAAAUGAUGAUGAUGAUGAAGUAGAAAACAGACUUUAAUACUACAAUACUGUUGUUCUAUUCAUUUCAGUAAACAUCUGGUCACUGCCAUUGUUGAAACUAAUUUUACACUCCUUUAACACGUUUUCAAUCGACAAACUAUAUAUAUAAGCACACUGUUCAGUCACACAAAAGUAUUGUUAAUAAAAGUUUGAAGAUUUAAACAUUUAUGAAAAAUUCAAGCAAUGAAUAUUGCUUAUCAUGUCCAUUUCAGACAGCAAAAAGUUUCUGAAAUGAUUAUCAAAUUAGAUAAUAGUAUUUCGCGAAAAAUAGAAAGAUAAAAUAAUUAUUGAAUUUCUUAUUAAAACUAAUAAAUAUUUAUAAACUACAUAUCAUUUUACUUGAAUUGGAAAGACAUAAGCUACCUUCAUAAAUUUAUCACAUUUAUUUAUAAUAAUAUACAUCAUAUAUUUCAUAAAAAUAAAAAAUCUGUUCACUGGAUUUCUAUUAAUGUCUUCAUCGAAAAUUCUAGUUUAAAC